AUGUUGGGGAAACUCUUUAAGAAGCCGGAUGUGGCAUCUGAGGUCUGUCUGCUAGCCUGCCUGGCCCCGCCCCUCCCCGCUGAGGCUCCUCCCCUUAGCUGCCUGGCCCCGCCCCUCAACGCUUACGUGCCCCUCCCCUCACCGCUGACGCUCCUCCCCCUGCCCUGCCUGGCCCCGCCCCUCAACGCUUACGUGCCCCUCCCCUCCCCGCUGACGCCCCUCCCCCUGAGGCUUGGCCCCGCCCCCAACGCUAACGUGCACCUCCCCUCCCAGCUGACACUCCUCCCCCUGACGCUUGGCCCCGCCCCUCAACGCUUACCCUCCUGGCCCCGCCCUCCUGCUUUACGCUCCCCCUACCGCCUGGCCACGACCCUUAACGCUUACACGCUCCUCCCCCUGACGCUUGGCCCCGCCCUCCCCGCUGAUGCUCCUCCCCCUGGCCUCUUGGCCACGCCCCAACGCUUACGCGCCCCGCCCCUCCCCGCUGACGCUCCUCCCCCUGACGCUUGCCUCCUGGCCCCGCCCCCCAACGCUUACGUGCCCCGCCCCUCCCUUCUGACGCUCCUCCCCCUUCCGCCUAGCCCCGCCCCUCAACGCUUACAAUUCCCGCAGGGAGCGAUGGUCAGGAGCCAGUCCCGCCUCAGGGGUCCCGGAGUCGAAGGCCGAGCCGGGCAGGGGCGGGGGAAGCGGAUCUCCGGCCUACUUGGUCGCCCUCACCGCUCGCUGUGGUGGCCAGACGGGAUGGGAGAGUGGAGCGGCCCGGAGAAGAAGAAGAAGGUGUCGGACGAGGUGGGCCGGUGCUCAAGAUGGAAGCGACGGAUGGGACCGGUGCUCCUCCUCAGCCUCACGUUCACGGUCAUCUACCACCUGUCCGGCCUGUGGCCCGCGGCCUUCCUCCGCUCCCAGCCCUGCCCCCGGCCGGAGCCCUCUUUGGAGCCCCCGGCCCGCCGUGCCCCUCGGCCCCCGGCCCCGCCCGACCUGGAGGCCCUGCUGAGCUGGCCCGACACCCCCGGGGACGGCGGGGACCCGGCCGCCGCCACCAGUCCCCUGACGUCCACCUACGGGCUCCGGGCCCCGCCGGGUGCGGCCUACCCGCUGGGCGGGCGGCUGCGGGCCCUGCUGGUGGCCCGAGACCACCGAGGCCAGCCCAAGGCCCACGGCGGGGACCUGUUCCGGGCCCGCCUCUACUCGCCGGGCCUGCAGGCCGGGGCCCCGGGGGCCGUGCGGGACCUGGGCAACGGCACCUACCUGCUGUCCUUCCCGCUGCUGUGGGCCGGCGAGGCCCGCGUGGAGGUGAAGCUCAUCCACUCGAGCGAGGCCGUAGCCGUGCUGCGCAGGGUCCGGCGGGAGCGGGCGGCCACCGUCAACUUCACCGGCUACUUCCGGGCCGGCCCGGAGCGGGAGGAGGCCGAGUGUAACGUGGAGCCGCCCGCCGGGGCCGGCCCCGUCUGCCGCUACCCCGACGGCCAGACGGGCGAGACCUGGUUCUGCGCCCGCCCCCGGCGCCUGCCCUGCCGGGCCCUGGUGGGUCACUCCUUCGGCAGCUACCUGAAGGUGACCACGAAGCACGACGAGUUGCUGCUGGGCCUAAACGUAACAGACAAAGUGCUGCCGGCGGGGAUCUCCCCCAUCCAGGUCGUAGGGGACGGCAGUCUGGCGCUGCCCCCGCGGCCCCCGUGCGGGCCGGGCCUGGGCCUGGCCGAGCCCUCCGGCUUCUACCACCGGAACCAGUGGACGUCGCUGAGCUGCGCGUCCCGCGCCUUCCCGACGCCGGGCCACGUGCUGGACUGCCUGGCCGGGAAGCUCGUCCACAUGAUCGGAGACUCCACCCUGCGCCAGUGGUGGGAAUUCCUGCUGGACACGGUGCCCUCCCUGAAGGCCCUGGAUCUGCACGUCCCCUAUCAGACGGGCCCGCUGCUGGCGGUGGACACGGGCCGGGGGCUGGUUCUGCAGUGGCGCGCCCACGGCUGGCCCCUGCGCUCCACCCAGACCCCCGUGGCCUCCCUGCACUCGGCCGCGCGGGAGCUGGGCGGCCUGGCCGGCGGGGCGGACACCGUGGUCGUCCUGGGCCUGGGCGCCCACUUCACCACCUUCCCCCCGGCCGUGUUCGCCCGCCGCCUGGCCGGGGUGCGGGCCGCCGUCACGGCCCUGCUGGACCGGGCCCCGGCCACCCUGGUGGUGGUCAAGACGGCCAACACGGGCUACAAGUCGGUGUACGGCAGCGACUGGCUGACCCUGCAGCUCAACCGGCUGGUCCGGGCCGUCUUCUCCGGCCUCCGCGUGGCCCUGCUGGACACCUGGGACAUGACUUCCUGCCACGACUCGCCCGACAACAUCCAUCCCGUCAGGACCGUCGUCCGCAACGAGGUGGCCCUCUUCCUCUCCCACGUCUGCCCCGGCUGAACCCGGGGCCGGGGGGACCGCCGAGGGGGGCGGCUCGCCCACCCAGAUCCCCCAAGAAGCGGGGAGAAGGUUGGAAAGGGGGGCGGCCGGAAGAGGGUCCGGAUUCCGGGGCGACGGCGGGGGGCCCGACGACUCUCCCCUCGCCCCCGAGCUGCCCUCAGGAGGGGGUCGCCCAACCCCUUUAUCCAAACCUCCCCCCUCCAAUUCCCUCCCCGAAUGCCAUCCUCAACCGCUCACUCUCCCUCACCGCUUUCACAUCCCCGGCUCUUAAAAAAAACAAACGCUCCCUUGACCUCACGGACUUCUGUGGUCAGUGCCCACCCCUCUCCCACCGUUCUCCUCCAAACCCCGAGAGGGAGAGAGAGUCGUUUCCACCUCCUGCCUCUGUUUCUCCUCUAACUCCCUUCCAAUCUGGCGUCUGUCCCCUUCCGCUCCAAUCAAUCGAUUUACUGAGCGCUUACUGUGUGCAGAGCACUGGACUAAGCGCUUGGGAAGUCCAAGUUGGCCACAUAUAGAGACGGUCCCUACCCAACAGUGGGCUCACAGUCUAGAAGAGGGCUCCACUGAACCCGCCCCAUCCGAGGUCGUCACGGACCAACUCUUGGCCAAAUCGGACUGACCGUACUCCAUCCUAAUGAUGAUGAUGGCAUUUGUUCAGCGCUUACUAUGUGCAAAGCACU